AUGCCUGUCCAUCGCUACACAUUGUUCUUACUUGCGCCCAUGCAGGUGGUCACUGGAUUCCUGGUGCCUCCUCCUCGAGGCACAGCCCAUCCGGAUACCACGACAGAGUGCUCUGCUUGGGUAUCCCCCAGUCCAGGAUCGACGUGUGCAAGUAUUGAAGCAUCAAAGUCACUGACAGCCGAUCAAUUCACAGCCUGGAACCCCUUCGUGAUCCAGUCAGAUGGGACAUGCGCUCUCGUGUCCGGAUACGACUACUGUGUCCAAGUCAACUAUGGAAUCUCCCCGACCAGUCUCGCGGACACUACGACGGCUGCAUCCCCAGCAACAGAUGCAGACGCAAAUGCACCCAAAGGCACCGGGGCCUCGUCUCCAGCUACCAACUUGACUGCCAACGCAGUUGAGAACCCCCCGUCGCCGUCCGCCGCCAACGCAACCACCAAUGCCUCCAACUCCGCAGCUAUUCCCUCCACCGAGGACAAUCAUUCUCCUAGUCCCAUCGAGCCCGGCGUGAUCAGCGGAUGCAACUCCUACCACGCCGUCGUCUCCGGGGAUUCUUGCCAAAGUAUCGCCGCCGAAGCUCACAUCGACAUGGCCGAUUUCGUCAAGUGGAAUCCCAACGUGGGCCCUGGCUGCGCGAGUCUCUGGCUAGGAUACUACGUCUGCACCGGAGUCAUCACUCAAACCACUCCCGAAGUGAUCGUCGAUCCAGUACCUUCGCUCACGGUCCCUACGCCUCUGGCGGCGGCCAUUGCACCGAGCAGCACUCCUGUAGCUGCUUCGCCGCCAAGCCCGUUGCAAAAUGGCAUUUCCAACCAGUGCGACCACUACUACAUGGUGAAAGCGGGAGAUAACUGCUACUCCAUCUCCGCAGCGGAGGGAGUCUCUCUCUCGGACUUUUACACUUGGAAUCCGUCUGUGGGUAACGACUGCUCCAAUCUCUGGCAGGGAUACUACGUCUGCAUCGGUACCGCAAAGGCCCCCGCUGCGACUCCGAGUACUUUGAGAACCAUGGCGCAAAAGGGCUACCCGACUCCAAUCAUGCGUCGGGGGGUCUAA